UAGGCGCUGGUGCUGCUGGAACUCGAAGCUGGUUUUUAACGCGAAUGUAACUGAGGGCCUCCCCAGAGCAGCUGCCGCUUCCUUUCCCGCCGCAGAGGAAGCGGCGCGGCCUCCUCCCCCCUCCCGUCAGACAUCCGGCGGCGGCCAUGGCGCUGGCGGAGGUGGGCGCCUGCGGGCGGCUCCUGCUUUGGCCCCGCGUCGUCCUCUUCGGAGACUCCAUCACUGAGUUCUCCUUCCAGGAAAAUGGCUGGGGGGCAUCCCUUGCUGAGAGAUUGGUCAGAAAAUGUGAUGUUGUGAACCGUGGGCUCUCGGGCUACAACACCAGGUGGGCUAAAUUGAUCCUUCCAAGACUGAUCAGUAAAAGUACUGGUGCUGAGAGUACUGUUGCAGUUACUAUUUUCUUUGGAGCCAAUGACAGUGCUUUGAAAGAUCUGAACCCUAAGCAACACGUUCCUUUGGAGGAAUAUGCUGCAAACUUAAAGAGCAUGAUACAGUAUCUGAAGUCAGUAGACAUUACUGAAGACAGGAUUAUUUUGAUAACACCACCACCUCUUCAGGAAUCGGCUUGGGAAAAGGAGUGUCUUGCCAAAGGCGACAAAUUAAAUCGCCGCAAUGCCACCACUGGGGAAUAUGCCCAGGCCUGUGUUCAGGUUGCUCGGGACUGUGGAACGGACGUACUUGACCUCUGGAGUCUGAUGCAAAAAAAUCAGGAUUUCUCUUCCUAUUUGUCCGAUGGGCUCCAUUUAUCAACAAAAGGCAACAACUUUCUAGCAGCACAACUUUGGUCAUGCCUGGAAAAAAAACUGUCUGCUCUUCCUUCACUGCUUCCUUAUUGGCGUGACGUGGACCAUACAAACCCUGAGGCCAGUCUUCUGUGAGAUCCCCAGUGAACAGGCACAACACCAAGUUCCCACUGCCAGCGCAAGCUUCUGAGACUGGCGAGCGCCAUGGCUGUGGUGUCUGGCAGUCCCCCUCCAACAGCAGCAGCUAUGUGCCACCCAAAUGCUACUUAGUGCUGAAGUUCCUGUUUUUGACUCUUGCUGAUGACUCACUUUUAGGAGUGUGCAGCCACAGCUAAUUACAAACAAUUAAUUGAAAAAGCACCUGGACACGCUAUGAACUCCAGUGAAACUCAAGAAUCCAAAGAUGAGCUUAUCUUGCUGAGAACCCAACGGCAUGCAAGUAUGUUUUCUUGUUAUGGCUAACCCGUCACAUUCCUGACUGUUUCAAGCUACAGGAAUCAUUAACUAAAUUGACUUUCCAUGCAAAGGGUCAUUGACCACAGCAGAAACUUGUACAUGGAAGCAAAACUACGCAACUAUACCUUGUUGUUUUCAUGAUCUCCACUGACAGCAAUUGGAUACAUAACGUAUUUCCCUCCCUGGUCUUCGGUGGGGGCACAUUCUGGCAGACUAUCAGGAUCAUGCUCUGCUCCAAAGUUAUGUCCGAGUUCAUGUGUUGUAACCAGGUCAGCCUCCUUUUUUGAACAUGCAAAAAGCAAUGCUGAAAAAAAUUAGUCCAAACAGGACAGAACAGAAGAUCCCAGCUACUUCCAGGCCACCAGCAAUUUUAAGAUACACUAAGAUGGAAAGGGAUUUCCCUACAGACAUUAUUAUUUUCUUUAGAAGUGUGGAAAUGAAGGCAAGUAAAAUUAUGGUCCAUUUCCAAAGGCAAGUUCCAGGACUAGGUUUGAAUACUAAACUACUGUUAAAGGCAAAAUGUUGUCCUAGAAUACUGAUUCAAUCUUGUUUUCUAUGCAAUGCAGAUACUGAAAAUAUCAAAAUUUGCUUUUAAAUAGCUAGAAGGCAUAAAAAGUUGAAACAAAAAACAAUCCAAACAACAUAGCAGCUCCUAUGAUUAGUCAAUCUCUUGUUUAACAUAUCUUGCCGUUAGAAUUAUUUCUUCUAAAUGGAUGAUGACAUUAGGAGCGCUGAAUAAGCUCUUCUAUUGCAUGAUUCCUACGAAAGACAUCCACAGAUGUGGCCCAACAGGGAUGGAUUUCCAACAUCAUUUACGCAAGACAGGGCUCCCCCUGCUGAGGAUCCCACACUGGCUCUGCCUCGCUGCGCCGUCCCCGCAGUGCCUUCACCAGCAGAUGGUGUCAAACUCACAAUGUGACAACCACAAUGUCGUGGUUUUAUCACUAUAAAACUAGCACACUAAUAAAACUAAAAAAAAUUAACCACAAGGAACCGAGCAGCUCAAGAGACAGAGAAGCAAGUUUGACGAGCUAACCGGCAUUUCUGCUGCUGUGCAGGCACAGGAAGGACCAAGCGCUGCAAGGAGCAGCCCUGGUACCUGGUGUAGGCACAGGUAAUGUGAGAGCCAGAGACAGGAGAGCUGCCCAGAGAUCACUCCUGUGCUUCCUUGUAUUUAAUUUAGGGAAGGGUUUUAAGCAGGUUUGGGGUUUGGUUUUUUUCUUUUUUUAAACCCAAGUGGAGACCAUGCAGCACUUUCCCAGUGAAACCAAUCCGUAAUGCUCCCGCUGCCUCAUCCCAAACUUUGUGCCGGCCACUGGGAAGACAGCAAACUCAAUUUCCUUUGUAAUCCAAGGCAGAACUCCAGCUUGGAGAUUGAACAACAAAUGCAAAUAGCAUGGCAACGGCUAGAGCUCUUUGUCAACAUCCCUCUAACACAAAGCUUCACUGUCUUUUUUUUUUCUAGCUUCUUGACAGCUUCUGUGCCAAGUUCUAGCCCACACAUCAAUUAUGAAUUCCCUUUAUAAUCAGGCUACAGAAAAGCACAGCUGAGAAGUCAGCAGAAGUCAGCAAAAGAGAAAUAUGCCCAACUGCAAAGAUUUGGCAGAUGCAAACACAGGCACUGCUCAGGUAUCUUUACAAGUGAAACAAAGCUCAUGUUCAGGCCUUUAUGUAUUUACUAUCUCAUCAAGUAUGGGAAAAAAAAAAUCCAGUCAGCAUCAAUUUACAUUAGGCUUAGCAUUAGCACUAAUAAGCCCUGUCUAUUAUACUGUUCUCUGCUCUACUUAUUCAGGACACACACAAAAAUCAGGUAGAGGAAUCUCAUUAAAAGGCUCAACCGAAACCCCCUACUCCGCAUGCACUACUUUCACUGCUUUACCUUGCAACUGGAACAGACCAAGCGUACACAAUCGCCCAUCUGCAUGUUGUAGGUGUAUGUAAUAGCAAACACGUAAGUUUUUUCUUAUUUGAGUCAGCAGACUAAUUUUGUUGUUACUGUAGAGCUACUUGUUUGCUUGUUCCGUUUCAGAGCUUGUUUUCGGUUUGUUUGUUGUUUUGGUUUUUCUUAAGCAAAAUACAUUUAAAUUCAUCUUUAGAUAUCAAAAUCCAGUUUAUAUCUGGACAAUGACAACUCCUAUUAGACACUAGCUAUGUUUCCUCACUCCUGUUCUGCAGUGAAUUCAAUCUUCAGUUCCAUUCAGCCCUGACUCCCCUUGUCAGCAAGAACAAAAAUGGUGAUUUUGGUUUUGUGAGCUAUGUCCUUGUCCCCAGGGAUCUGACUCAAUCAGAAAGCCAGCAGCUUGUUUCUGAGAGCGCAUGGAUGCUUGUCCCAAUCCCAUGGCACACAUCACCAACACGCACAUCCGUACACUGAACGUUCUCGCUCUGCAGAGGAGGAUAUUCUCCUACCUUUGUGAGGAUGGUCUUCCCAUAGUUCUUGGUGCUGGUUAAGCCACUGUUCAGAUAGAUGUCCUUCUUCGCAGUUUGACUGUAGUAAGCUAUAGAAGUGAGAAAGAAACAAAUAAAAAUUGACAAACUUUUUUUUGGGGUUUCAGGUUUUUUUUGCGGGAGAGAGGGACCCUUGUUUGGCGAAAUGAACAGCUUUACUGUUCUCACAGGCUCACCAGUGAGAUCCUGCCUCUUGCCAGUUUUUGGAGUGGGGAAAUCUUUCAAGCACAGCACAAACAGCUUAUGUAUUGCAGUAAAGGGGAAAAUAUAAGACAUUUCCAAGACAACAGCAUCUGCCAUUCUAGAACCACUGCAAGACGCACCCACACAAAGCAGUGCUUGGCUUAGGGUUUGUUCUAGCCAGCUUGUUCACACCGGAUAGCUUAGUGACUUUUAUCCUUCCCUCCCCUCUUUUUCCAGCUCCAGCCAAGAAAACAGCCAUCUAUUCUAUCCAAAAAACAACAACUAGAGUCUAGGCAAAUAACACGUCAUGCUCAAUGAAAGCUGGAGAAGAGAAUUAAACACAAAUAACAAAAA